UUUCAUUAAGGACAAAAAUCAUUUUUUAUCAUCCCUAAAUUGGUUGACUGAUAAAGCGAGCAAACGAGCGACUUUAAAAAAACCACAAUGCUCGAUGAUAAACAAGUGGAUUUUUGAAAAAAAACAAAGAUAUACAGCUGAGUGGAUUACAUUUCUACGCCUUUUUGUUUCUUUUUCUUUUUAAAAAAUUUGACAAAAAGAAAGAGAAAAAUCGAUUGCGAAAAUGAUGGAACCAUCAAAAUUGAUCAUAAAAGGAUCAUCAAUUCAAGAUAAUCGAUUAAUUGUUGAUCGAUCUAAAAUAGCCGAAAUGAAAGAAUUAACCGGAAUGAAAGCAGCCAAAUUUCGUCGUAUGGAUAAUUCUUCUUCAAAUCAAAUCGAUAAUAAUAAUGAUGAUGAUGUAGAGAUCAAUGGUCUUAUUUGGGAUGAGUAUGAUGCGUCAAUAAAAUUAGUUAAUCAAAAUUUAUGGCAAAUACCAUCACCAUUAACCAUACAAUAUGCAAGUCGUGUAAGAAAAUUAGAUCUAAGUUAUAAUUGUUUACAAACAUUGGCUGGUAUUGAAUAUUUUAAUUGUCUUGAAGAAUUAGUUCUUGAUAAUAAUCUUCUUAAUGAUUCGAUACGUUUUUUUUACAAUCCAUUUAUGAAAUGUUUAUCAAUUAAUAAGAAUAAGUUGACAGAUUUGGAAAGAUUUUUAAAUGAAAUAACAUUAAAAUUACCAAAUUUAACAUAUCUAAGUAUGUUAGGUAAUUCAGCAUGUCCUGAUCAGCUAUCUAGCUCGGAACAUGAUGAUAAAGAUUAUAGCCGUUAUCGUAGUUAUGUUAUACAUCGAAUGCCACAGUUAAAAUUUCUUGAUUCAACACAAAUUCGCCGUACAGAAAGAAAUGAUGCACAAAAACGUGGACAAUAUUAUCGUUUAAUACGUUUAAAUUCGGAUUCAUUUGUUGAAACAAAUAAAUUACGUAGCCAUUUGUUUCAAUUUCGUGAACAAAAUGAUAAUAAUGAUGAUGAUAGACAAAAUAAUCCACUACCAUUCACACAGGAUAAUGGACAACCAAAAGGUGGAUUUGGAAAACUUAAACAUCGUUAUACUGGUAAACAUUCGGAAGGAAAUCGUUUUAUUCGUAAUCAUGAACUUUGAAUUUUAAAA